AUGACGCGAGAUGCCAGCGAGUUCCUCGCAUACGCCUCGUCCGAUUCCUCAGGCAGCGAGAGCGGCUAUGAUUCCGAGGCCGCAGAGAUCUCGAAGACUGCGCAGAGGAGACGAGGAGAGCCGGCGAGGAAGAGGAGGAGGCUGUCGCCGCAAUCUGAUGACUCCGUGUCAGCGUCAGAAGAAGAUAGAAAUAGUCUAGGAGCAAGAAGAAAGCGCGGCAAUGAGGGUACGGCAGUGAAAGCGGGCGAUGCAGACAACUUGUCUGGUUCUGGGGUCAGCAGUAGCGAUGAUGGCGAAGAGGGGGAAGAUGGCGAUAAUGAAAUUGCAGCGAGACAGUCCAAGACUACGGACUCUCAGUCAAAACGCAAAGACACCCCAUCAAUGACACGAAAAGCGAAACAGGUCGAACCUCUAACAUCAGCUGCUCUGCCAUCGAUACUCAACGCACCAGACGAUCUCGACGAGAACGCACCGCCAGACGUUCUAGCCACCUCAAUGGACCAUUCUCAGCCACAGAAAUCGUCAAAGAACAAAAAGAAACAGAAAGACCAAGCCAAGCGCGAGGGCGUAAUCUACCUCCCCUCCCUGCCACCCUACCUCCGCCCCUCUGCCCUCCGCAACCUCCUCCAACAGCGCGGCUUCGGCCCCAUCACUCGCUUGUUUCUCACUCCCGCCUCCACCUCCACCACCAAGUCAACCUCCGCGUCCACCAAAUCCUCAAAAUCCGCCCGAAAACUCUACACAGAAGGCUGGCUUGCACUCCCCACCCCCUCACUUGCGAAGCGGUGCGUGAGCACACUUAACGCGACGCCUAUUGGUGGGAAGAAGGGCGGGUACUAUCGGGAUGAUCUGUGGAAUAUGCGGUACUUGAAGGGAGUGAGCUGGGCGGAGCUGAUGGAUGGCGUGAGGAAUGAGAGGGCGGAGGCGGAGGCGCAGCGGGAGCAGGAGAGACGGGGGAUCGAGAGGGCGGCGAGGGAGUUUGUCAAGGGUGUUGGGGAGGGGCGGCGGUGGGAGGGGUUGGAGGAGGGGAAGCGGAAGAAGAGGGGGAUGGUGCAGGGUGGAGGUGAUGGUAGUACUGCGGCGGUCGUCGAGUAUGGAGGCCACGAGAAUGCGGUCGGGAGGCGUUCUCAAAGAACCUGGCGGCAAUUCGAGGUCAAGAAUGCGCACGACAGCAGCGGCGUUGGGCCAAAGAGACAGAAGACCCCCGUCACCAAGCACGAUGAUGCUGGAGGAGUCGAUCAGGCGACGCAGAGCGUGCUUAGCAAUAUCUUCUGA